CCUACCGUCUCCACUCUCUCUGUUCGCCACUCUCCAGCCCGCCGCCCGAUCCCCGCGAAACCACCGCACCACGCCCCCCCCGCCCCUUCCACCUGCCCCGCGCCGCCAUGGACAAGGCCGCGCUGGUGGCCGAUUCCGACGGCGCCGCGACCGCCGGUGGCUCGUUCGCCAGCCUGCGCGCGUACGGCCGCGCGCUGGCGCAGACGCCGCGGCGCCUGGCGCGUCGCGCGUGCGCGGCGUCGGCGCCCGGCGAGGAGAUGAGCCGCGUCCGGGCGCGCUCCGGCCCCCGCAUGGCGCGCGCGCUGCGGUGGUGGGACCUCGUCGGGCUCGGCCUCGGCGGCAUGGUCGGCGCCGGCGUGUUCGUAACCACGGGCCGCGCCACGCGCCUCUACGCGGGGCCCGGCGUCGUCGUCUCCUACGCCAUUGCCGGGCUCUGCGCGCUGCUCUCCGCCUUCUGCUACACCGAGUUCGCCGUCGACAUGCCCGUCGCCGGCGGCGCCUUCAGCUACCUCCGUGUCACCUUCGGGGAGUUGGCGGCGUUCCUGACGGGGGCGAACCUGAUCAUGGAGUACGUCUUCUCGAACGCGGCGGUGGCGCGGAGCUUGACGGCGUACCUGGGCACGGCGGUCGGCGUGGACGCGCCCAGCAAGUGGCGGAUCGCCGUGCCAGGCCUGCCGGAGGGGUUCAACCAGGUGGACCUCAUCGCCGUCGGCGUCAUCCUCCUUAUUUCCGUCUGCAUCUGCUACAGCACCAAGGAGAGCUCGGUGGUGAACCUGGUCCUGACGGGCGUGCACGUGGCGUUCAUCCUCUUCGUCAUCGUGAUGGGCUUCAAGCACGGCGACAAGCGCAACCUGACCCACCCCGCGGACCCAUCCCGCAACCCCGGCGGCUUCUUCCCGCACGGCGCAGCCGGGGUGUUCAACGGCGCGGCGGCGGUGUACUUGAGCUACAUCGGCUACGACGCCGUGUCCACCAUGGCCGAGGAGGUGGAGCGGCCCGCGCGCGACAUCCCUGCCGGCGUCUCCGGCUCCGUCGUCGUCGUCACCGCGCUCUACUGCCUCAUGGCCGCAUCCAUGUCCAUGCUCCUCCCCUACGACGCGAUCGACCCGGAGGCGCCGUUCUCGGGGGCGUUCAAGGGGAUGAAAGGGAAGGCGUGGGUGUCCAACGUCAUCGGCGCCGGCGCGAGCCUCGGCAUCCUGACGUCGCUGAUGGUGGCGAUGCUGGGGCAGGCCCGUUACCUCUGCGUCAUCGGCCGCUCCGGCGUCAUGCCGGCCUGGCUCGCCAGGGUGCACCCCCGCACAGCCACCCCCGUCAACGCCUCCGCCUUCCUCGGACUGUUCACGGCGGCGCUGGCGCUGUUCACGGAGCUGGACGUGCUCCUGAACCUCGUCUCCAUCGGCACGCUCUUCGUCUUCUACAUGGUGGCCAACGCCGUCGUGUACCGCCGCUACGUCGGCGACUCGGACAACUCCGAUAGCAGCAGGAGGGCGUGGCCGGCGCUGGCGUUCCUGGGCGCCUUCUCCCUGAUCGCGCUCUCCUUCACGCUGCUGUGGCAGUUCGUCCCCGCCGGCGGCGCGAGGGCGGGGCUCCUGGCGGCGUGCGCGGCGGCGGCCGUGGCCGCGGUGGCGGCGUUCCAUGCGCUGGUGCCGCAGGCCCGCGCCCCCGAGCUGUGGGGCGUGCCCGGGAUGCCGUGGGUGCCCGCGGCGUCCGUGUUCCUCAACGUCUUCCUCCUGGGGUCGCUGGACCGGCCCUCCUACGUCCGCUUCGGGUUCUUCUCGGCCGCCGCCGUGCUCGUGUACGUGCUCUACAGCGUGCACGCCAGCCACGACGCCGAGGAGGGCGGCGGCGGCGGCGCCAAGGUGCUGGACGAAGGGUGCAAGGUCUAGCAGUAGCAGAACGGGUGGCAUAGGCAGAGUGCUCACUCUGCUCUCUACUGAUGUAGUAGCACCUUUUCUAGAUUUUCUUUAUUACGUUAUUAUGCUAAUGGCCAUCAAGUCAUUGCAUCAGGCAAAAAAAAAACUAACAGCGGAAGAAAUUAAAAUAGAGAGAGAGAGUAUCGGGUGUCACUGUAAUUUGCAAGAUGAAAUGUACAUAUUCUGUUUCUCCUCUUGCUAAGACACUGUUGAGACUCCUCUUGACGCAUGUCAACGUUAUGGGGUCUGUUCGCUUCAACUUAUUCAGCUGGUCACCAAA